GUUAAAGAAAGACCGCUGGUCAACAACAACGUUGUUUCUUGUAACGAAAUUUUUCAACGAGCGUGGGAAACUUUGGAACGGAAAAACAAAACAAAUGCAAAAAAAUGGAGGUAUAAUUAUCCCAGUGAGUGAUUUCAAGGUAACGGUUGAUAAAAGCAUCGCAUAUUCUGAAGCUCGGACAAAGUUAUUUGCCAAGAAAGCGCAAAGAUCAAGACGAAAAGUCCAGUGCGAUACGGAAAUUCGACUUGUCUCCGAAAAGUUUCCAACGGCGUCUUGACAACAGAAUGGAAGAUGAUCAUUAUUGAAUUGGGAAUCAUUUUUUGAGCCAACGGAAAAAGGUAGGUCGAUAGUUUUACUUAUUCUCUUAUGAAAGGUAAGGGAAUUGUUUAUUACGGCAGUGUUUGCAGUUUUUAAAAACGAUUCCAAGCGAUAAGAAUGUAGAUCAAGAUAUAUAUAAUUUUCGAUGUUUACACUUAAAAACUUUACAUAAUUAUGAGAGCUCGACAUGUGGGAACACAUGUGGGUCCAGCGUGGAUUUUAGGGAUUUCCAGAUCUCAGGAUUUUAAACCCGACUAACAAUCUGAGAGUAGAAAUAUUCAUUUAGCAAGUUAAGUAAAAUCAAGUUCGCAAUAUUUAUACUUGUAAUAUUUAGAGAGGUUGAUGGUUUUAAGCUUAAAGUUGAAAUUCCAAAUAUAUGAAGUCAUCAGGUUUUAUUUUAAAUCUUGACCUAUUUGGAUAAAAAGAGCAAUCAGUAUCACAUUCGUGAUGGACUCGUCAUUUUCCCCUUUGUUUUUUAGUAAAGUGUAAGCUCUACGUUCCCUGCGCCAUCUGAAAUAAUAAGAAAUAUAAAGGUACAUGUAGUGUGUUUAUUAUAGAACCCAGAUCUUACAAAAGCCCGUUAAGAGUGGUUUAUGUUUUUGAUAUGGUGCUUUUAUAGCUAUGUUGCAAUACUGUGAAAUCCCUGUUUACUGCUAUAAAUAUAUACCUGUACAGUACAAUCAUGUACUUCUCUCUGUAUUAGCCCUCUCUGUUAUAUGGGCCCAUUAACUGUAAACAGACAUAAUAUUGUAAAGUACAUAUUAAUUCCUCCCCCACGCCCCCUCACUUCCUGGAUAGAAGUUUUUUCUUCCUUUUGUGAGAGGUGUUAACAAAACCUGGAUAGUGGGCAGGAUCAACUGACCUGCAGAACUCAAUAUAAUCAACAGAAAAUUAAGGAUUGGGUUACAUGGUUUAGAUCCAAUCUAGUCAGGUUUUGUAAGUACUUCAGUAACUAUAGUUAACAGAGAGCUUCAGAUUCAAGGACAAGAACAGCUACGAGUACGAGAUUUGACUUAAAGUUUUUUCACAUAUUCUCAAAAAAUAGAUUUCCCAGAAAGCUUCAUUGUACUUUUGAUUCACCAGAAAAGUUUUAGCACUGUUAUCUUUAUUAACGAAGGUUAAGCCCUGUCUCGUUCCCAAAAUGAUAAAACCUGAUAACUUGUUCCUGCCACUACAACAUUCUUGCUAAAACCCAUAGUAGAAUGACGAUGGCUAUCGCAUUUUCCCACCAAAAUGAUGUUGGUUCUCAUGCGCUCAAUACUUAGUAUUGAGAAAAUCUCGUACUCGUAGUCGUCCUCAUCUGAGAAUGUAAAGCUCUCUAUUAACAAAGAAUUGCAUUCCUCACAACUGUUAUGACGAAAGUCCAAAAGGAAAUAGUGCUUGGAGGAGGAAGAUCUACAUAAAUUAUGUUUGCACACAUAUGGAAGAGGUAGCUGAAAAAAUGCUACAUUACUGUUGGUCAGCCUCCUUCGUAAUGGUGAACUUUCAAUAUAUCAUUUUAUAUCUACGAUAAUUAUCCUUUCUGGCCUCAUUAGCAUGUGCAAAAUCCAAAAAACAGAGACAUUUUUCUUUUCAUACCAGGCCAGUAAGGAUACAUGUUACGUUAUGAAUGAGUUUACAUUAACAUUAUGUUACUCUGUGAGUUUAUGGAAGUGUUUACCACCAAAUCUGCCUUUUUAAAAUUCCUAAUACCAGUACUUUAUUUUUCUGUCAGGAAAAACCUCAAAAGUAAAAGAAAUGGCUGCAAAUCUUCAUCUUGAUCUGUACAACUUUGAGGAAGCUGCUGCUCAGCAAAGCCGUUAUGUUCUGACUAGUCCCAGGUCACUUGAGGUAAAUCUUUAUAAAAUAAUAUACUCCAGAAACUUCAGUGUGUUACACAAAAUGUAGUUGAAUAAUUGCUAUCCAAACAUUUUUAAGUACGUGUUUGUAAAAAGCAUUUCUCUUUCCUUGUCACAUUUCUGACCAGUGUAAAUGAAUUUUCCAAACGUUUGACUUAGAAUUAUUAUUUAAACCUCAUCUUAAGAAAAUAAUGAUUAUUUUAAAAGUGGUUGUGUUUUUGGGCAUCACCAUCAGAUGUUAACAGUACAUCUAUUUAACAAUGGAUGACUGUUAAAUUUAUAUUUUAUUCUUUUCCUAUAGGCUUGUUCAAGGUUUGGGAUAAAGGUAUGUAUACAUUGGGGAAUAUUGCCAUAUCAUUACAUAUUGAAUUUCCUAGACUUUCACUCAACUAGACACGGACUGUCAUUGGUUGAUUCUUGGUCACGUGGCCUUGACUAAAAUCAAAUGUAUCCUGAUCGUGAUAAGCAAUGUACCCCGCUCGGGAUACGUUACAGCACUUGAUCAAAGCAUGGUGGAAGGUGGUGUGACAGAAGGCGGGAAAAACACUGCCAGUUUUCUCUUUCAUGAAUGAACACAACAACACAAAUGCGAAGCCUCAAGCUAAAAAGCAAUGAUUUUUAAAGUUAUUCCAGAAGAGAAACAGCAGUUAGUGGAGGAAAGAGAUGAGAUAUAAGAAAAGUACUUUGUAAAUCAUUCAUUCAGUGGUUUUGAGAAAUAGAUUUGUGUUGUUAUAAGUACUGAGUCGACAGUUUUGGUAUGCUCUGGUUAUUCUUUUGUUGCUGUUGAAGUGGAAGUCUAGAAAUAUAUCAAAACACUUAAUGGCAGGUCCCUUGGGAAACCAGUUAGUUUUGUUUUUCCUUGAGUCCUAAUGUUUCCCUCGACGUCGUCUCGGGAAACAUCAGGACUCUCGGGAAAACAUAAAUGACUUUUUCCCUUGGGACCUGACAUCAAAUGUGUAAUAAUAAUAAUUAUUAAAUAAUUAUUAAUAGUAUAAUUAGUCAAGCUUGCUUCAGCAGCAAGACUCUAAAAAUACAGGUGUUUAUUUUGUUAUCUUUUCAUGUGUGUGUUCCAAAAGCAUUAAUUGUCUCAGGUGUUCCUAGCAGAGACCGUGGAAACUGGGGAAAGUGAAGUUGAAAUGACGCACCAUGUUCAUCACAUUUUUGCUAUUUGGCAUCGAUGUAAUUUCGCUCGAACUGAGACCCUUGAUUUUCGUGUAUUUAUACACUUGCACUCAAAUAACUCAGAAACAAAUUAUUGAACACGAUAUAAAAAGUAAAUUUCCUGAAGAAUAUUCAACCAUCGAUUAAGUAGGAUGAGAAAACUGUUAGCGAGGAAAUCGUGUCUCGUUUAGAAUUAAUGCCCCUCUAAUUUCUUAUCUAAUCUCCAAGCAACAAGCUCUACUUAACACUUUCUUAAGAGCGUAUUUAAUUUUAUAAAUUACUACCACCCUAGUCAGGGGUUUCGUUUCAGGCCGGACGCAACUUCCGGUUGUUUGACAUGUAACAUCCAGUAGUUCACUCGUGAAAUAACAAGUGUGAAAAUCGUUUUAUCGAUUUAUUUACCAAAGAAAGACUUGACCCUUAUUUUACUCACUUAGUUAUGUAAUAUAGCUAGUGUUCCAGCCAGAGUGCGCCAUUGCGUGAAUCCCGCAAAAGAUCGAGAGAUGGCCCCCACCAAAAGCGUUCAAGGGCCAUUAUGGCCCUUUCCUUUUUUAAUUGCCUGGGCUUAAAAUGGUCUCUGUUACUUCAACUACAGUAAUUUUCCAAUUAAACAGAAUUUUUAAUCUAAAGAACAACGGCUCCGUACCUUUGUUCACAACAUGAAAAUCAAUCGAUGAAUCUUCUUGAGUUUACCUGAUUUACUGUGAGUGGUCUGGAGACCACUUAGCCUCGACUUGGCUUUUGUAAUAUUGCAGAAGCUCACGGGUAUUGAAAAAGGAUAAACCUGACAAACACAUCUUGGAGGUCUAUCAAAAGUUUUUUCUCAGUAAGUAACGAAAAAGUGGAUGUUCAGAAUAAGCGAAUGGAAGCAGAUCUUGACGGUGAAGUGGAAAAUGAGAUGAAAAAAAUUACUAUUUUUAUUGCAUACAUUCUGAUUGUACUGUUUGCUUUAUUACCGAAGAUUUCCUCUAUUGUGUAUAAAAAGGGACGCUCGAUCUCAGCUUUAAAUAAACUGCCACUUUCAUUUCCUGAACUUUCCAACUGUUUCUUCUCUUUUGCGUAUUAGAGAGAUACUGGUACAUUGGCCCUUUCUUGAAAUAUCUGGCCCCCAAAAAUUGGUUGUAGGGGCCACUUUGGCCCUCAAGUAGAAUUUUCUGGCUGGAACACUGUAAUGCAUACAAUCGAAAAAAAAGAGAUAAUUCCUGUCAUACACAUGUAUAUUUUUUGUGAGCACUUUUUAAUGCCCUAAAAGACCUUUCCAGUUACCCAAUUCAUGUCCAGGGAACGCAGGAAAUUGCAUUUUAGAGAGUCCAAUUUUACAAACCAUACCCCUGGACACCCCCUAGGAGUUGGUUCCUCUGGCACUCAACAUCUGCACAUCUGCCAGCUGAACCACUGCAUCCGGUUCUUCGAAGUGCUACCAAAAACCCUGCCUAGUUGAUGACACAAUUCAAACUAUUUAGGUUGCUCAGGCAACAAUUUUCAAAUUAAUUAAAAUUUCCACUAAUGUUAUCAACAAAUGUAGCAGUUACAUUUAUUGAAAUCAAUUUUGAUGUUGUUUUUAGGAAUUAACGUGAUUAUUAAUUUGUACAAAUUAAGUACAUGAAAUUCAUGGAACAUAAUAAGGCCUUGUGUUUCUCCUGAUCUAAAAUCAAAUUCUCCCUUUGAUGAAGCAGCAUAAGAAUCAAUGUAUUUACUGGAAUGGAAAUUUUGUAAUCAACAGAUGUUACUUGGGGUUUUAUUCCCUUCAAUUGUAAUAGUGACAGUUAUUACAUUCAUGCAGUAGCAGUCAUAACUUUUGUAUUUUAGAAUUUAUCUCUAUUCAGCUUUAGUUUAAGAUAUGUUUUGUUAGAAUCAGCUGAUUUACUGGCUGCUAAUAAUUACAUAAUGUAAUGACAGCCCUGUUAACCCUUUAAACCCCAGUAUCUACAUACAAAUUCUCCAAACUGAUCUCUAUACAUUUCCUUUAAGAAUGAGUUAAGAGAAUUUGUUAAAAGAUCAAGGCAUUUUUACUUAGGAAAUCAUAAUAUUAAUUCUCAUAACUUCUCUGUUGACAAUGUAUGGACAUUGGGACAUAAAGGAUUAAUGUGCUAAUAAUUUGUUUUAAAUUGCAUUUUAGCCCGUAGAACUACUUCACAAGUCCUUUGAGGAGUUUGUUGAUGAAUUCAAGUCUCUGUAUGAUACUGAUUACUCUCAUCGAGCUGUGCAUGAAGUUUUCCAGGAACACGAGAGGCAAAGACUUAGUAGGUUGAAAUUUUUGCUCUUAAUAAUCACAUUUUGUUCCACUCUGUCUUGUGGUUAAACAGGGUUGUGAUGAGGUCAGGGAAUUUUGCCAAAAUUUGGGUAUAGUUUUUGGUGAAGUCAGUGUUAAAUGUUAGAGAUAGUUUUAUUUCAAGUUGCUACGUGCAGCUGAUCGUCAUGCGUUCCUUCCAGAAUUCGUGAUAACCCCAAAAAUUAAGGCCUAAUAAUGGCUGUGUGGGAGGCUGCUAAUCGACUUUGUUCCUCUAAAUGGUAUGAAAAUCUAUUAAAAAACAUCAAGAGAAUGAAAAGAUCUGCAUUCAAUCCUGGAUAUAAUUUUAAAUCAUUAGACAUCCUCUCAACAAACCUUUCCUCGUUUUCUUUUUCUUUUUUUCAACUUUUGACAUGUACCAGUGUGGGAAAAUCCGUCAACACUGCUGGAAAGAGCCAAAUUUUAAAGUGAUGUAAAACAAGCAAAGCGAAAGCUCUGCAAUUGGUAACAAGAAGUAACAGGGGGUAACAAAGCCAAAGGGUAAAAAGGGUACCAAGCGGUGACAAGGGGUAACAGGGGGUAACAAUGGGUAACAAGGGGUAAUAGGAGGUAACAAAGGGUAACAGGGGUAAUAAGGGGUAACAAGGGGUAACUAUGGGUAACAAGGGUAACAAAGGGUAACAAAAGGUAACAGGGGUAACAAGGGAUAACAGGGGUAACAUGGGGUAACAGUGGUAACAAGGGGUAACAAGAGGUAACAAAGGGUAACAAGGGGUAAUCAAGGGGUUAUCCCUGUUACCCCUUGUUACCUCAAAUCCCCCUUGUUACCCUUGUUACCUCUUGUUAACCCUUGUUACCCUUGUUACCCCUGUUACCCCUUGUUACCCAUUGUUACCCCUUGUUACCCCUUGUUACCCCUGUUACCCCUUGUUACCCCUGUUACCCCUGUUACCCCUUGUUACCCCUGUUACCCUGUUACCCUUGUUACCCCUUGUUACCCCUUGUUAUCCCUGUUACCCCUUGUAACACCUGUUACCCCUUGUUACCCCUUUAAACCCUUGUUACCCCUUUUAACCACUGUUACCCCUUGUUACCCCUCUUACCCCUUGUUACCUCUGUUACCCCUUUUACCUCUUGUUAUCCCUGUUACCCCUUGUUACCCCUUGUUACCUCUGUUACCCCUUGUUACCCUUUGUUAGCCUUGGUACCCCUGUUACCUCUUGUUACCUUUCGUUACCUCUGUUACCCGUGUUAACCCUGUUACCCCUUGUUACCCCUUGUUACCCCUGUUACGUCUUGUUACCUCUUGGUACCUCUGUUACCCCAGGGGUAACAAGAGGUAACAAGGCUUAACAAGGGUAACAAUUUUAAACCCUAUUUUUGUUCAGUGUAACUAUCGGUUACCUUACCAAGAGUAAUGAAUCUACCCAUCCUAAAUACCCAUUUGGUUUUUUGCGAAAUUGGGUAUUGCGCUACAUAAUUGAAAACGCGAAACCCCUUCGAUUCAACCAAUAUAUUCACUUUCCCUGUCUUUCCCCGUUACAUCUGGUGUUAAACCACCAAACUUGAUUAGGAAAACUCUAAGGUUCCUUAAGCCAAAAUGUGACUCAUCGAAUACUGAAUAGUUUGAUUUUUUCAUUGUGGUAGAUUGUUCACGAGGUUUUCACGUGCGAUUUUCAGUGAAACAGUCUUUAACUCCGACGACUUAUUUCUUCCUAUUGUCACAAGAGCCUGUUUUAAGGCAUUGGUUACAAAACGAAACAGGUCCUCGUUGUUACCCAUUGUGAAAAGCCAAUCUGCAUGAGAUGUACAGUGACACGGCUGGCACGUGAAAGUGUUGGACUUUGCCCCUUUCGUGGGUAACAGUAAUCUAGUCGGGGUAAGCGAGGUCUGGAACCGAGUUUAGAUGAUCGCCCCAGUUAAGAAACUGGUAGUGAGACAGUUCAAAUUUUCUGAUCACAGUGGCCAAAGGAAAGGCAAAAUUAGAAAUGUCAUCAUUUUUUUUAAUUUGAUAAAUUCCCUUUGAAGCAUAUUUGGCCAGAUGUAGUCCUUGUCAAAACAUGCAAACUUGAACAUUUAUUUUCUGACCCUAGCUAAUCGUUUUUAAACCAUACUCUUGCUCCAGUGGGUAGUGUAGUUUUUGGAAUAAAAUAUUUAUAAUUUCUCCCUCUUUCUUUGCAACAAAACACAAUUGAAUGAGGACUCAAGCUGAAGGCAGUGUAGUAACUGCGCAAGCUGUCAUGAAAAGGGAAUUCCAAACACACAAAAUAAUUACCCUUUCAUUUGCCUAUAUUCAUUUACGUUGGCAAAAUUUAUUUAGCUUCUAUUACAUAUCAAAAAGGCAAAUUGCCACUCAAUCAUUCAUAAGUUCACAAUCAAAAUUUUCUCAAUUUCUUUUCGUCGUACUAAAACCGUAAAUUUUAAGAAAUCACCUCUUGUGGGCUUUAUUACAACACCUGCAAUUAAAUUAUGUUUCAUGCAAUGACCAACAGGACCAAAAGCGAAUUCACUUCACACCGUCAACGUCAAGGUUGAUAGCCUAUUAACAUUUAUUAACAUUUAUUAACUACCAAGAAAAUUAUCAAACUGCCGAAAUAUAUUUCUACUUGUAUCAUGUUACUCCACUCAAUACAAUGCCAGUAUCUAAUUUUGUGUCAACUAGCGUCUUCCAAUUUUAUUCCCUAACGCUACUGUUUCUACUUAAGUUACUCAUCUUUACUAAAUAAAAUAGGUUUCAGAAACUAUAAUACUUAGUAUGCAGGAAGGAUGUAUUAUGUUGUUCACUUAUUAUUCUUUUUUUUUGUUUUGCCAGAACGAAAAAGGUCUGUUGAACUUUGUAAGCGAGAGAAUGAUAUUUUUAAAGCUUGUUUACAGGAUUAGCAAUACUCGGUACAGCUUUCACAAAAAUAAGCUGCCUUUUUAAACUUCUAAAACCACAUUUUAUAGGGCGCAUACUUUCGAAUUAAAGUCUAUAUCUAAAUAUCAAUUAUUGCUUCAUUGGAAGAGCUUUGAAAAUAUAUGAUCUUUUAUACUCUACCCAGUUGUAGCGGGUGAAACAGAACUCAUACUGACGUGCGUUGUACCGAUAGCCGAAUUAGGUCAGAAAUGCCUUGAAGCAGCAUCCAUACUAAAACAUGAACCCUUAAACAGCUGCAUCACUGUACCCAGCGUUUGAAUCAUGAAGAUAUUUAAUGUAAUUCUUCCAAACACCUGUAGCCGUAAUAAAAGACGAAAAAAUUGUGAAGAAUCAAGAUGGCGGUCUCAAAGUGCCCUUGUUCGACCUUUACCAAUGUCAUGUUUAGGUAGAUGCUAAGAUCUCAUUGGUUCCUAAGCAUCAACUAAUAGUCCCUUCAACCUUAUUGGCUCUUGCAACAAACAUCCGAACAUACAAAGUUACAAGGUUACAAAGCCACAAAGAUACAUACGCUCACACCACUGACAUAUGAGCUAUUAUUUCAAAAUAGCUCAACAAGGGGUAUAAAGGGUAACAAAGGGUAUUUAGGGGUAACAACUGGUAACAACGGGUAAAAGGGGUAACUAGGGGUGACAAGGGUAAUAGGGGUAACAAAUUGAAACAAGGUGUAACGGGUAACAAGGGGUGAUAAGGUGUAACAAGGGGUAAUAAGGGGUAACAAGAGGUAACAAUGGGUAAUAGGGGUAACAAGAGGUAACAGGGGGUAACAAUUGGGGGGGGGCUAAGUUUGUUUGCCCCCGACCAUACAAAUGUCUGUAAAAUUUCACGACCUUGGAGAACUAUGCUUUUUCUAGUUUUCAACAAAUCACUUUCAGACAUCGGUAAUUUUACUAAUUUAAAGAUGCUUUUUCCCGCGGAGUCAACAGAUUUUCCCUAACUAGUACAUGAAAAUAGUUUGAAAAAGGCUGUGAAAAGGUCUAGUUUAACACGCAUUAAGCUCUAGCACCUGAAUUUUAUUUCCAGGAAAACUGAAGCUUUGCCGGGAUGAAAGAGAAAGAAUAAUGAGGGAGAGAAAUACUGAGGCUGGUUUGCACAAUGAAGACAGAAAACAUUUAACAAGAUCACCAAUUAGAGGCACAGGUAAGGUUUAAAAAAGCUGGAAAAUGAGCUAAUAAUAAAAUUUUAAAGCUUUUCAUGAAUUAAAGAUAUUUUGCUGGCAUUUUUUUUAUUGAUCCAAAUUUUGUCUACACUUUUUUUAGAUUUUCAUGUAGCUGAGAGAGAUGUAAGUAGCUUUACAAGGAGAAAGAACAGUUCCCUUGAAGAAGAAGAAAUCAAGGAACGGAGUGCUUGGAGAUCCUCUCUUAGAGAGAGCCAAAAUUAUUCCAGGUUUGAUUGAGGAGUUAUUACUUUCAAUAUUGUUAUCAAUUUUUUAAAAAAAUGUCGCGUUACUUUAGAGGCAAAUCUCAGCGCCGUACAUGCUAAAUACGGAAAUAAAACUUGGGGCUUUUGACAUUCCUUUUUUGAGACUUUUUUCCGAGGGCGUUUUGCAAAGGAAAGGCUUUAUAGGGAAAGUGCUUUUCAAAAUCCCAUAACCUUAAUAGUUUUUUAAAUAAAUGUCCCACUUAUAAUGACGAGUUUUGACGAGAAAUAUUUCUCCAAAUACUCUAUUUCUGGUUGAGGAGCGAGUCUUUGUUAUUUGUACAUGUAUGCAUAAUUCAAAUCACAUUCAUCGGUAUUCACUAAAACAAAAAGAAAAAAAUUUUUAUUGAAAAUUGGAAAAUAACUAAUUACAUUACUUCACUCGCAUAAUCAUGUUCAGACCUGGAUUUUACAUUUGAUCACAGAGGUAAAGAAAACAUGUAUGGAGUAGAUGUUAAAUCUCAGAGACCUCCCACAGGAAAAACAAGAUACAGGUUUGUAUUGGAUAAUUAUUACACUCGUUUGUGAUUAAGAAGAAAAAUGAAAGAUUUACAUGUAUAGCAUGACGUUCGGGAAUCCUCCUGACUCCAUUAUGGAGUGAGGUGUGAAUAAUAUUACAGUCUAGCAAAUGCAAGAGAUGAGAAGAUUGUAAUAUUAUUCGUGAAAAUCUCACUUGGUAAUGGGGUCAUGAGGACCCCGAAACGUCGUGUUAUAAAUCCUUCAUUUUUCUUCUUCGUUGCUUGUUUUAACAAAACUCUGCUUAUAAAAUCGUUUGUGAUUGGUCAAUUUACCGGGCCGUACACGUAGAAUGUAUUUUGUGGGCUACUUGUGGCAUGCCCAAUUAUAAAAUGAGCUUUCUCCUUCGAAAAAAGACAAAAUGGCGGCUGGAUCUUGCGGUCGCAUCCUUUCUAUAGGACCGCUCACGUGACUUUUGACGGGAGGGGAUGGGCCAGUUACAGAUGUAAAAAAAAAAAAAUUAAAUAGACAAGUUGGAAUUAAAACUACUAAUAACAAUGUAUUAUUAAAUAAUUACACCAAAAAACAACCAGGGGCAGAUUUCUGGAUUCAUUACCAUGCAUUGAAAGCCAAAAGAAGCGAUUUUUUAGUUUAGUCCGUUAUUCAUAUUCCGUAAUAAAGUCAAACGAACUAACUGAUCUAAAAAUGCACAUCUUUCUCUAUCUCUGUUUCUUUAUUUCUCAGCAUAGGAAUAACUAGGACUAAGUAUACCCAGUGAACACUGGCACUGCAGAAACGAGCGCCGAAAUUCCGUACUGAUGACGCGUCACUACACAGGUCUGGGUAGUGCUUCUGAUUGCCGGUUGAAGCAAAUUUCCCAGGCGGCACGACCAAUGACAAGCACUAACUUUUGAAGGAUUAGUUGUGUUCGACAGGACUACAGUUCAAGAUAGUUUCCGCGACUCGAUGGUUUUUGAUAAGCCCUCUUUCCCUCAAGUUACAGUAGACUUCCAUCGCGAAUUAAUUGCUACUAGCCGCGUUCGGUUUGUCUCACAUGUCUGUGUUGUUUAAUCACUUUUUUUACAGCGGUCAUACUAGCGCAAAAAGCCGCAGUCCCAUCAGCCCCCGCGGUGGUGUUGUGACUUACGCUGAGAGUACUGACUCAGAGGGAGGGAGUGAGGCAGAAAAGGCUUGGUCCAGCAGCAGUGGGCGCUCCGAGGAGGGACAUUCUCCAAGGAUAAGUAAGAAUCCCUCAUCUGGAGGUUCCUUUAGGAAAACGGCCUCACGGCGCAUUAAACGGACAUCUUCGUUGGAUAACUUGGAAGGACUGCGUUCUGUUCCGAGUGUUUUGGAGAGAAAAAGUUUGUCAGGGAAGGUAGGCGAUUAUACUCAGUAGAGUGUGAUUUUUUCCUUUUUCAGUGUAGUAUCAUAUCAUGAAAAUAAUCGCUAAUAAAACGAAUUAUGAUAAGGCGAGAGGCGCAAAGUGCAAGUCAGGAUUCCAAUUCAGCUCAUCGGGGUUCUCAUCAAAUUUUAAAGUUCACAGCUAGGAUGUAGAAGUAGGCGGCCUGGCAGUCAUUGAGGUACUGUAGGCAAUUUGAGGCUUUCUCUCCCUCAUUUUACCCAUUUUCCCCCAGUAGAGGGCUCAAACCUCAAAGUAGCUUGUUUUUUUCGCCGGUUGCCGGCACUUACUGAGAAGCCUAAGCUCAUUUUGGAAACCUGCAAAUAAUCCCGAUACAAUCCUUAUCAAUCACAUCUGAUUUACCGAUUUUUAUCGAUUUAUCGGUACCGAUUUUUAUCGAUUGACUACACCGGCCGGGAAAUAAUAUCGGCUAAGUUUCGCGAACGAUCGUGCUUUUGUUACCGAAAUUUGGAUGAAACAGCGAUAAGAUUUGCGACAUAUGUUCAAACCAUUUUAUUGUUACGAAUUACGCUUUGGAUAACUCAUUAAAAAAAGAUCUCAUAAUCUCCGCUUUUGAUAAUAGCCAUCGUGAGAGGAUGCGCAUGACUCUGGGUUGGCGUUAUUUUGGGAGCAUGGGAUUAGUCCAGCGUGCUCGCGAGAUGUGAAGUCCUGUGGCUACCCCAAAACCUUCGACCAGCUCGCCGUGUGAGUCGCCAAUAGCUCAGUAGUUAGAGCGUCCUACCGGUAUUUGGAAGGUCGUGGGUUCGAUUCCCGCUGGGGGCUCGGAUUUUUUUUCCAAGCAUUAUUUUCUUAGUUGUACUUGUAGUAUCUGUUUCUAGAGCCUGGAAUAGGGGGCGAUAUUGGUUAUUUCUGGGUUGCUCAGAAAAAUGGUUCAAUUCAUGGCGAGUUGAAGGGGAAGAGACCUCAGGAAACCACUAGGCUUUAUAAAAGAGGCCACCUUGUUAGUGAGCUAACAAUGCAUUGUUUAUAAAUUGGUGUGUUUCAUGUGUGAUGUCGGUUGCAUGAAUGUUGUCUCGAGCAUAUACUUGUUCAAGUUCCCACCGUUGCAACAGACAACAGGAAACAGUUUCAGUGCUAACAUGAAGUGUUAAAUAACAAUACUGGACCAUGAGUUUUGGAAUUCAAUUGAUGCGAAGAUACGUUUUAGGCUUUAAAAGGAUAGCAAAAUUAGCGUUUUAUACUUCUAAAGCACCUUUAACAUCGUGUGAUGUGUUCCGUAGGAUCAACGCAUCGUGGACUUAAUGAUGUCUCGACACGAAGACGAGGAAAGAGCUCGUAAGGAGCGGCUCAUGUUAGAAUUGGAAUGGGACGAGCAAAAAAAGUUAGAAGAACAACUGAGACAGGCGAGACAGCGACAGAAACAAGCAGAAAUAUGGGAGAGUUACAAAGCAAAAGAUGCUAAGCAGGUAACAUCAAGUACUCUGUAAAAGGCAUUGUUACCCUGGAUGCCAGACACUUCGAUCCGUAUUCAGUCGUGUGCUCGGGAUUCCGCCGAAGAUGUGUCGGCCUAAGGCCGACAACACCGCAUCCCGCGGCAAGCGAAAAAACAAACCUCUAGCCCCAGUUGGAUAACGUAACGCUGUCCAUUGGGUACUCUAUCCAGUGGAUAGCGCAAUUGUUUGUCCUAAUACUUAUGCGCUUUAUAGUGAUUUAUCCGGUGAAUAGCGCUAUCCAACGUUUGAACACCCGUGGCCAUGGUAGUCAGGGUAUAAAAUUGUUCUUUCCUCAAAAUUUAACGAAUUUAGGAACGGGAGUGCGUUUUGAAUAUUUCUUUAUUUUCCUUGUAUUCAACAUAAGAAGAAAAAGUGAAACUAAAGGAAUGAAGGCCAAAUUAUAGGCUUGUUAUUUAACUAUCUAUUUCCCCGAAAUCCGCAUGGUUAUUAACCGGUUAACUUGGUCAAACUUAAUCACAUUUUAAAGAUGGCGUAGUGAAGAAGACACUUUUCUUAGGUUAAAAAAACCUUUGAACAGAGGGCGAAGAAACUUGUUGUCGAUGUUUUUUUUUUUAACCAUAGCGUUAAGAUGAAUAACCUAAGGUUCAUGAAAGGCCUUUUUCACCUUUUUACGACAAUCUAGUACGAAGUGCGGGCAAGACGACUAAGAAACGAACAGCGGCUUAAAAAAGACAAAGUAGAGAUGCUGCUGUCUAAAGACUACGCUUGGCAAAUGGAGAAACGAAAGCAGGAACACAUUAAGGUACGUCUUCAUUUACACGCCGUUCAUGUUUCCCUUUGUUCGAUCUAAAGGAAAGUGCGUUUUUCUUAAACUCAGACCUGUGAGUUAAACGUUGAGUUAACUGUAAUUAAAAAUUGUGACCCGUUUUUCUCCCUCAUGACCCUCUUAAGGGUCCUGUGGUCCCCAGUGUCAGUAGAAAAUCCUGCUAAGAACACUGUUUCUUUUUCGUUUUGGGCUCUUCAUAUACAAAGCUUGUUGGCCUGAACAUCAGGGCUCACACGUCUAACGUUUGCUUUCAUGAGCGAGCAUGCUUCGGAGAUGAUUUUUUCAGUAGUUUCUCGUGUAAAAGUAGAAUCCGAAUUAUGGUUUUAAAUAGCCCAAUAUGUCAUCGUCAAAUAAAGUAGCCUGUUCCAGUCGUUGAGAUAGUGAAGAGCGGCGCGAAAUUGAACCUCUUGCUGUGUUUCCUGCUCACAUUUUUUUGCGUUGUCCCCACUAUCUGAACGCCUGGAACAAGCUAGCUUUGAAGGCGUUUGCCGUGGUGCUUUUGUAGACGGUGGGACUUUGAGAAGGCCCAUGUGGAGGGGGGAGGGGUACUCCUAACAUGGGCCGUAUAGGUAUGUGCCGCUUAUUAGGGUAUGGUUUUUGGGAUCUCCAUCCUUAUUUAUAGUCUAUCUUUUUUGCUCUUGUUGGCUUUGUGUACCCGGUGUGAUCCUUAGGUAGGGUACUGUUAUUAUAUCAGCUAAAAUUAAAGUGGGUAAAUGCGCAGCUACGCGAGAAUCAAGUCCUCUAUUAAGACUUAACUUUACCUUUUUGGGGAUUUCCGUUAAAUUGUUAGUGUUUGUUUUUUCCUUGAAUUGGGUCUCAUUUUCAGGUUUAUGACUUGAAUAGGGGAUCGAUUUUCGUUUGCCUUUCUUUAAAUCUUUAAAUAGGGUCAGGGUUUAAACACCCCGCCCCCACCCCCACCCCUACGGGAGAGAAGGGGCGGAUGGCGGGACUGGAAUUAUACAGAAAGGACCACCAGUUCAGUUCAGUUCAGUUUAUUGUUUUGCCAUAAGUUGUACAGAAGCAAGAAAAAUGUAAUUAUUUAAACUCUCAAGGCGAGGAAGCCCAAGAGAAGCCACCGGGCUUAUAGAAAAUGGAAAAAUCAAUGGCAGAGCUACAGUAAGUCUUAAAAUAUAUUAGAUAGUCGUAGUAAUCAUAGUUAGGUUUAAAAAAGCAAAAUGACAAAAAAAAAAGAAAAAAACAAACCAAGACCACCCUCGUUUUUUACGGUUUUUUUUUUUUCAUACCUCUAGCCUGUAGUAGUCAGUUUGAUUAUCUCAUUCAUGUGGGCUUUCAAGUCCCUAAGACCAUAACCCAAGACCAUGUAAUUAUUCCCUUUAUUUGCGUUGCCAGGAAAACAGACUCCUUACCAAGAAGAUUAAAGAAACUGAGAAAAAGCAGAAACAGGUAUUAAAAAACUGCAAGUACUGCAAAAAAGAUGAUGUGAACUGCGGAAAGCAAAUUUUAAAUGAAGUUGCAGUGUUAUGAUUGCAAUUUAAGCAAUUGCAAAUUCACCCUGUCAGCAGAGUCUUUCUUUCGCUUGAUAAAUUUGGGCGUAGGUCCGUAUUUCCUCGAAUAAUAGUCGGUGACGAUUAUUUCUUUUCUUCACGUCAAAAGUGGGUAAUUAUUCGAGGGAGGCGAUGAUUUCAAAUAUUGCUUAUAGGAAGUCGUGCCCUAAACGUUUUGUCUUAUUAUCCCCGCAGAAAUAAAAAAAACUUAUCACUUCAAAUAAACUGAACAUCGACUUUUUAAAUGUUCCAAAUUCGGUUCGUUGAUUAAUUUUCAGAGCUUGAAUCGUCACUCAUCAGUUUUGCUGGAUCAGAUUCUACUUCAACUUGACAGGAAGGGGAUAAAAGAAAGAGAAAAUGGCGAGAUGGGUGAGGGGGGGGCUAUUAUUAGAGGAAGGCGAUUAUUUUAAAUAUUUUCCUUCAAAGGGGGGCGAUUAUUCGAGAGAAGCGAUUAAUCGGACGGCUAUUAUUCGAGAAAAUACGUUACUCGAGUAAGACUCUGCAUGAAUUGAGUAACAUCUUCGUUGUGCAUGCUUGGCAUGUUGCUAGGAUACAGUUUCGAACCCAGGCCUGAUGGCCGUGUGCUUGCUACAGCGGGCUCGGUUAUGAUCAUCGGUUUAUCAAAAAAAGGAUGCUCGCACUCAAAAAACCAGUUUGACAAGAGAGAACAAGAUUGACUAGUCCAGAAGUUUGGUUGCUGCGGCGACCUCAAAGGUUUGAUGUUAUUCAGACAGCCUCCUUUUUUCCUCCUCACUAAAGACGACAAAAGGAGGCUUUACUUGCAGGGUGUUGCAAAUUAUUAACCCAAAAAAAAUUUUGGGCCCCUACGGGAUUCGGACCCAUGGCCUCUGCGUUUUAGUGCUGCAGUGCUGUACCAACUGAGCUAUGAAGACCCAUACAUCUGCAAGUAUUGUUUGCGAAUGGUGAAGUUUGGUGCUUUUUGCACUUAACUUUUUUGCUUGUCCGCAGGAAGAGAAUCUUUGGCAGAAGAAACGGGAGGACGAACUACAUCGUACAAUGACUCAUCUGAAUCUUUUAGAGAAACAUAAAAGUGCCAUUGAAAAAAGGGAUCUUUUGUCUAAUCAUGAAAACAUGGUAAGGCCUUGUGGCUCAAAGACAUUGUGUGGUUUUAAAUAGGCUAUUUCCUAUGGCUUUAACAGGCCAUUUAAGAAGAUAUGAAUUUCAGAGAAGCUGAGAACGCACUAUAAUAAUUUUUUGGUGAUUUUUGCGGGCAUAACUUUUCAAGUUUUAAUCAUUGUCCAUCCUUGGCAUCCGUUGCAACGGACGACAGGAAGCAGUUAAAUGUACUCAAAAUGUACCUAUAGUAAAUAACAAAACGGUGCCUUUAUGUUUGGAAUUCAGUUGAGCAAAGACACUUUUUAGCUUUUUAAAAACAUAGCAGAUAUCGUCAGAUAUAUAGCCUCUGUAGUAAACAACUUUAAUUGGAAGAUGUAAACAGAGGCUGGCUUGAGUGGCAAAAAAAACAAAGUAAUAUCAUUUUGUUUUAUAGAACGUUCAAAGCAGAAACCGAGCUGUGAGAAACAAACAUCUCAGCUCAAGAAGAGGACUUAUUCAGCAGUUAAGGUUAGCAACGGUUUUGCUCUGUUUUAGGAUAAUUAUUCAGGCCAUUGUAAAUAUGAUUUCAAUGCCUGCUGGGCAACUGCUGGGGCCCAAUAGUACUUUGGGGGAAGGGGGGCGGGGGGGGACGGGGCUGGAGUUGUUUUAAUGAAAGCCUCGAUGACUAUUUGGCUACUUAUUCCCGCCAACUGCUCCCGACCUCGACUUUGUCCAUAGAAACUCAAAAAUGGCUAUCUUGACCUCACUGUUGGUCAAUAACGCACACGUGCGUAUCACGUAUAGGCCUUUUCGGCUAGUAUGUUUUGUUUUUACAAUUUAUACAGAGUUAUUUUUCCUAGGGAAUUUGCCCUUUUUGUCCUUUCAUAAAUUGUGCAUAUAUUUUUGUCAUAUGCAUGCGGAUAAGACGGCAUUUGAAAGAAAUAGUCCUAUUGGUUAACAUCAGGUGAUCUGUAAUUGGGAAACAAAACAUUCAAGUUAAAAAUUACCAUUGAGUCAAGAUAUCUUAAGAAUUAAUUUUCAUUCUUUAGACUAGAAGAAGAGGACCUUCAGCAUGAAGUAGCAAUCAAGCACCAAACAGCUUUGGUGAAUUAUCAAAGACAGUUAGCUAGAAAGGACAAUCAAUUAAUACAAAACAAGUAAGUACAUUUCAGCAAUAAAAGCAUUUUUUUGUAUUUACACUUGUCAAGAAACGUGCAUUUUAAGCUCUGUGGAUCGAGGCCAUACCAAAGAAAAAUUAUGCUUCAAUAUUUUACAGACUUGGAAGAGCUGUUCAUAACAUUUCUUUUAUCAUAACUAAACGAUUUCUCGCACGCUGAUUGGUGGAGCGCUAUGUUCGAUAAGAUCACAGACCAUGGGAAUGACGUCAUGUUUGCGCCUGCGGCCUUGUGGUUCCACUUAAGUUUUGAACAUUUUGAUGUCAUUUCUAUGGUCGAUAAGAUUGCAGACCAAGGAAAAUUGUUGUCGAUUUGUUAAGUACACUCAAGCUGAAGUGUCUGUUAACUACGCUAGAGGAGGAGACUAGAGCGGCUAAGUGCAUUUCUAAUCAUAAACAGAACCAAGAAGGAUAAUUCAUAAAAUGUAGGGCUCACCACACUCGUUUUCCCGUUAGUGGUGUAUAUUAUGUUGUUUACAGUAGCCUACUUAGUAGGCGCAUGGUACGCCCAGUUCUUUCUUGCGUCCGUUACUUCCAAGCGGCUGCUAUUAUAUGCUAUGCAGGCUAUAUUUACAAUAUUUAGUGCAUCUCUGUUCCAGGACUUUUUGUCCAUGAUUGAAGAUACUGAAUUUUUGUGUGUGCUCUCAGACUCAAGCGAGCGGAAAGAGUUGAACGACAGCAAGAACAACUGAGAAAACUAAACAGUGAUAUGGAGGAGUGGCGUAAAGAACUUACGGUCUUCAGGCAAGAGGUAAUGCUUGCUUUCCACUGUCCAGUUAUAGCAUUCUUGCUUUCUGUUAACCCCUAGCUCCCACUUAUCCUUGUUUUCAUAUUUUCAAAAAUUGUCAGGGUACUUUGUUUUAAGAUCAAACAAGGUAACGAACAAACCGCUGGUUUUAACCACUGUACGCAUGCGUGGAAGUGUAUAGGAGGAAAGUUUUUCGUUUCUCAGAAUGGGCGUCGGCAUUAUUUUCGAUCUGUUCAGAGUCGUGUGGGUUCAACUUUCCCAUAAUCGUUUUUUUUUUUUAUAGAAAGACGAGCGAGCAAAAGACACGGCCACCUCGACAAUAACGUCAAAACAACGGAGAGUCAAAUCGCAGCUUGAGGCUGAGAAAGAUGAGCAUCAAUAUAACUUUCAAAGGUAAUGAUAUUUUUUUUUUUUUUUUUUUUUGAGGAAAACACAAGCUCAUUCCCAGGCCUUGCUGCUUUAUAUCGCGGUGCGCGUUGAUUUGUGGAUCUGUUUUCUUCCCAUGAAAGACCGCGCUUCGUCUUUUGUGUCAGAAAAAUCAGUCGCGCUCGGGAUCGAGACAAUAGAUAAAAAUAAGGCGAUUUUAGAAAGGAUGGUGGAAUACAAAAAUUAUAGUCAAACAAGUGUUUAAAUUUAACAGAGUGAAAGAAGCUGAAGAAGAAAGGAAAAGAGAAAUCCAGGAGGUGAUUGACGUCAAAGAUGAAAGGAGUAAGAUGGUGAAUACAGAGAAAGAAGAAAUAAGGAGAUUGGUAAGCAUUUUUCUAAGUGGUGGAUUUGUAAUACAAUGGCAAUCGUCCCAAAUUUUGAUAAAACAAGCGCGCGGGGAAGAAGGAGAUGAAGUAUCAUGCUUGUUAAUUCUGGCGUCUCAUGUUUAGGCGUUGUUUUGUUAUUUUUAUUAUUUCUUUUGAAUUCAAGAUACGAAACGAACGUAGAGCUCGCUCUUACCCAUUCGCCAAUUUAAAAACAAGAGAGAAACUGGGGCGAAUUAAUUUUCCCAAAUACUUCUGGGACUGUUACUAGGGACAGGAAAACAAAUUGACCAAUAGCUGGCCGGCGCUGUUCCCAGUUACGAUUCCAGAAGCAACUGCGUGACGCAUUUUGGGCUCCAGCGCCCUUCUUGUUUUUAAAGUGGCGAAUAUAGGUAUUACAGGUUGCCAUGUUCACUCAUGAGCAUCUUAAGAACAUCAUCUGACGUUUGUUCUCAUCCUUAGAACCGUGAUGCAGCUCGCACUUCACAGGCCGUGAGGGACUUGGUUAGAGAACAGACACUCAAAAGGUAUCAAGUAUUUUGCUAUUUCCUUUCUUAAAUAUUCAGUCUGUUUUGACUUUCUUUCAUAUCUUUCGUGACAUUUCACUCACUCUCACUUUCGCUUCCUUGACUUUCUCUGUAUUUUUACCGACGAGCGUGAAGGAAACUGAAUACAAAAUUUUCUUGGAUGUACGAUCGCAGGCGUGCAUAUACAUAGGCCAGUUUGAAAGAUUUGUAAUGAAAAGUGACGUGUCAGCGGGAAAGGAAUGAAUCAACAGUCAGUAUUCUGCUUCAUUGGCCAAAGCACAUUUUCAUUUUUUAGCAAAUGUUUAGCAUCCACGGACGAGGUAACUACCACUAAAAUUCUAGUGCUGUACCUCAGCUUGCUCUGCUUUUCAUUUCAUUAUGAUAUUAUUACUGUCUCGUGUCCGUAACCAUCUUCAUACAAGCUGUAUAACCCUUUAAAAAUGUUAGUAACAUCACCUUUAAUUUCCAGCGCCAGCUAUCACUCCAUUAUAUGUUAUUUUGUUUCCCACAGUGGCUUCUAUAUCCAUUAAUCUGAUUGGUAUUUGUUUAUUAGUUCAUUUGAUAGGAUGGCUGAAAAAGCCCAGCGCCAGGCUCUUGUUGGACGUGGUCCACAGACGGGACACAAGAACAAAUCGAGUGUUAGACUAGGUUAAAAAACAAUACGUUACCGAAAUAUUCUUCACCUAUACCAUGGCUAUUUUAUAAGUCAAUUGUCUUCAAUAAAAGGGAACAUUUUGGCGUGAUAUGUGAGGCGCAUGUGGAAAGAUAUAUUUUUUUUCCUCUUAUUUAAAAUCUUAUUAUUUAAAAUAGGCCCCUAUCGUAUUUUGACAUAACACUAGAAUACUCGUCACAUUCCUUGAAACACAUUUACGUUACACUUUCUCCAAUUUUGAUUGAAGUAUUACUCAUUUGAACAACGAGUCUGAACACUGGGGAGGAAGAGAAGGAGUAGACAGUGGAAAGUUAAAUAACGCGGUUAAGAAGGUGUGACAUGAAAAAUACUGUGUAGCUGACGGUUGUGUUGAAGCGCGAUAAAAAAAAAAAUUGCGACGAACCCAUGGAAAACGGGACGCAAAUUUCGCGAAUGAAUCGUAAGAUGCACGGAUCAGGGUAAUAUAUAAGUCAAUCAUGAUAGCUCAGUUUUUAUUCGUGACUAUUGUGGGGGAAUCACUACUGCAAAAUGUCUGUGGCCUGAACAAAAUUUAAGUCCUGUUUUAAUGAGAUUGAUGGAAAUCCACG